AAAUAAAAGCGGUAAGUUAUUCGCACUAGAUAAACCUUAUCAGUUAUGAAUAUAUCGAGUUUGUUUACUUAGUAAUUAAAAGAUCUAACUUUAAUUUACAUAUAGUAAGGAAUUUAUAUAUACUUAAAUCAUUGUUCUUAAAAUAUAAUCCCUCAUUUUGAUAAAUCGUACGAUUUUAAACUUCUAUAAGGUUCGGUGGUUGGGUAAUAAAACAUGUUUUUGCAUCCACUUGAUGAAAUGGGAAGUAGAUCAAGUCUCAGCAGAGAUGACAUAGGUGAUAUGGAUCAAUGGGAAAUGAAUUUUCACGAAGCUGCUAUAUUCUUAGAGGAAGGUGCAAAUAAUGAAAAAUUUGACUCACAUCCGCGACACCCCGCUGCGCUUCCCGCCUAUCUUUUAGUGCAUAAUUCCUGGUAUUAUGGAUUCGAUCUAUUAUUCUCCUUGAUUCUCCUACUUUUAGCAUUAGUCGAAAAACCAUCUUUGGAUAACUUUGAAUUCCCUGUUGGAAUACACAGUAUAUUAGAAUUAGUAGCCUUGGGUGGUAUAGGUGUGGAGUUGAUGCUAAAAUUAAGAUGGAUCGGUUGGAGAACAAUUUUGAAGCAUAAAAGGACAAUGGUUAAGUGUGUCACACUUUCUAUAAUGGUUCUGGAAGCGAUAACUGUUCUAGUACGUCAGUCUUCACACUUUCGGGUAACUAGAGCGCUUAGACCCAUAUUUUUAGUGGAUACUAGAGCUUGCGGUGGAGUACGUCGAUACAUUAGACAAAUAUUACAAUCUCUCCCGCCGAUUAUCGAUAUGUUGGGACUGUUGAUGUUUUUUGUGUGCUCGUACGCUUUGUUAGGAUAUUUCCUGUUUAGUGGACAUGACUCAAAUCUUUAUUUCAAGACGUUGGAGGAUAGUUUUGUUAGUAUGUUUGUCCUAUUGACCACAGCUAAUUUUCCUGAUGUUAUGAUGCCUUCUUAUGCGAUUUCAAAAUGGACUGCUGCGUUUUUCAUCUCCUACAUUUCUACUGUACUGUAUGUACUAAUGAAUUUGAUGCUUGCUGUUGUUUAUGAAACCUUCACUGGAAUUGAAAAGGAUAAAUUUCGAAAAUUACUUUUACAUAAAAGACAAGCGUGCAAACUUGCCUUUAGACUUCUUGUUAGUAAACAAACUCCGAAUCAUAUCAGGUUUAAACAAUUUCACGGAUUGAUGCGAUACUACUCGCCAAAAACACGUUUUAGGGAUGUAGUUUUGAUGUUUCGCCAAUUGAACAAAUCGAAUACUGGUCAAUUGACACAGGAAGAAUUUUUGGAUGUUUACGAUUCUUUAACAUUGAAAUGGAGAAAUAAAACGCCGUUAGAUCCUUGGUUUUCGGCAGCUUGGCCACCUCUGAGAACAUUCUGUCGAGCUGCAAAGAGUUUGGUUACUUGGAGAUUUUUCGAACACAUAAUUUAUAUUUUGAUAAUAGCGAACGGUAUUGCCAUGUUUAUCAGAAUUAUGGAAAGUUCGGAUUCUUUAGAAGAAGGCGCGAAACUAUUUUGCGGUUCUUGGGACACUUAUCUUUUUUUGAUAUUGUUUUUAGUGGAAAGUAUACUUAAGAUAAUUGGUUUGGGUUGGUCAGAGUACAUAUCAUCCGGAUGGAAUAUUUUCGAUUUAUCAGUGACGCUUUUAGCAUUUUUCGGUGCUGUUUUACUAUCUAUGAUCCCUAGUUUAACCGUAGUUGUUAUAUUGAGACCAUUAAGAUUGUUAAGAUUAUUUAAACUCAAAAAACGUUACCGUGACAUUUUCGGUACUUUGGUACUACUUAGUCCACUUAUGUGGUCGACCGGUAUAGUUAUGAUGGUUAUGUAUUAUUUUUUCGCUAUAAUCGGUAUGGAAUUGUUUUCUCCUUACCAUUUAAAAAAUUGUUGCGUGAAUACCACCGUUGAAGAUUUCUACAAAUCUAAUGGUACAUCCAGUGGUAUCGGUUACUAUUAUUUAAAUAACUUUUCAAAUUUGUUGAUAUCUGGAGUUACUUUGUUCGAAUUGACUGUGGUUAACAAUUGGUUUAUUGUUAUGGACGCUUACGCUUCCGUAUCCAGCAAAUUUUCUAGGUUGUAUUUUAUGUUGUUCUAUUUAUUCACCAUGGUUGUUUUGACUAUAGUUGUGGCGUCCGUAUUGGAAGCGUUCAGAUUCAGGAUACAGUAUAAACAACAAACUUCCAAGAAAGAUGAGGAAUUGAUGCUACACGAAGAAGUAAUUGUCGAUUGGAAUUCAUUGCAAACUCAAGUGCAAGAAGUAAGACUUUUGGAAUCACUCCAAACAGACUUCGUUGUAGGUGGAGUGGUAGCUUAUAUAGGAAGACGAAGAAGAACCAGGGAGGUCCUUCAACAUCACAUGUACGCGACGGAAAUAAAACAGUGGCUAGAAGAAGCAGAAAAUGAAGAAAGAAAUGAUAUAAACAUGAUCAUAGAAGAGGCACAGAUUAAUGCUAGAUUAAUAUCAGCUUAAAUUCAAUUUCACAAAUUUUAAAAGGUACGUUUUAAUAUUUUAACAAAUAGGUUCAAAUCUAAAUGUUUCUAGUCCUUUUUUUGUUACCGUAUCUUUUAAAAUUGUAUUUAGAUCCUUUUUUAUUUCACUCGUGAAACAAAUUUUUCUAAAUAAUGAGAAUUUACUUUAAAAUAUUAAGGAUACGUUUACGGGUGUAUGAAUCCUGUUACAUCAUUCAUUUUGAUUUAUUUUUUCUUUGCAAACUGUGAAAAGUAUUAAAAAGUGAUGAAAGUAUGUGAUAUAAUGAAUAAAUCAAAUUUGAAAGGUGAAAAAGGAAAAAAAAUGAAGAAUAAAAGGAAGAGAUAAAAAGGAUAAUUUAGUGAACGAUAAAGAAGGCAAUGACUGAGGAGUGAUUAUGUGAAGAAUAAGAAUUAAAAAAUAAGUAGAAAGAUAAGAAAAAGUAACUGAUAGAGAUGAAAUUGGAGAAAAUAUGGCAAAAAAGAAAAAAACUAAGAAAGUGAAGAAUAAAAUGAAUGAAAGAAGAAUGAUAGUAAACUAGAGAAUGAUUUAUAGAAAAAGGAUAUUUUAGUGAACGAGAAAAAGGAACCGACUGAAAUAAAGGUGAGGAAAGUAUAAUAAAAAGGGAAGAAGUGAAAAUGUAAAGAAAAAUGAUUGAUAGAUUGAAAAGGAAAGAAAAGGUGACUGAUAGAGAUGAAGUUGAAGAAAAUGUCACAAAAGAAGCAGGAGAGUGAAGAAUAAAAGAAAAGAAAGAAGAAGGAUAGUAAGUUAAAGAAGCAUUUAUAGAAAAAGGAUAUUUCAGUGAAUGAGAAAAAGGAACCGAGGGGAAGAAAUGAAAAUGUAAAGAAAAGUGAUUGAAAAAGAGUAAAACGAAAGAAAAAAAAAUAGGAAAGUGAAGAAUAACAGGAAUGCAAGGAAAAGGAUAGUUAAGUAGAGUCGUAAAUGAGAAGGAUUUAUAGAAUAAGAAUUGUUAACGAGAAAAAAGGAAUUGAAGUAAAGCUCAAGAAAAUAUAAUAAAAAGACAAGAAGUGAAAAUAUGGAAAAAAUAAUUGAAAGACAGUAAAAAGAAAAAGUUAUUCUUGUAUUUGUAGUGAAAUCAUUAGGAUGUUUAACAUUAUAUGGUCAAAUACGUUUGCAUUGUAGGUAUUAGAACCCCAAAAAAUCUCAAUGUAUCUGUAUUUCACAUGGUAGACCAUUUAAAAAGAUUUUUUAUUCCUGUUAUGUACAGUAUUUUGAACCAUAGUAUUUUUUUUAUAUUAGGAGGAGCAUUUUAAGAAACUCAAAUUCCACCAAAAGUUACAAAAUGACGAAAUAAUUAUAAAUUAGUCUUUUUGUAGGGUAAACUUUAGUACUUUAAGUAGUAUCUGACACCCCCUUUAACAUUAACCCUGACAAGAAUAUUUCUAUAAAUAAAUAAUGUGAAUACAAGUAAUAGAAGGCCAUUCUUCUAAACCAACUUUGGAAUUCUUGCUGGGUUGAAAAAACUUAGUUACUUAAUAAACUAUUUUGGUUUCUAUUGCUGUCACAUUCUGGUUUAAUACCGAAGUAUAUCCAAUUCGUUUUUUUCGCUUUGGCUACCUCAUAUUUUACUUUUGUUUUCUGUUAUUUGUUUUUUUCAUAGUUUUCUAUUGUUCUGAUUGCCAAAGUCUUUAUCAAAGUAUUUUGAUAAAGACCCAAAGAAAAGUCGAAUCGUUAAAAUUUAUCAUUUAGAUGCAUAUAUAUAUGCAUAUCACUACCCAUUUUCUAAUCACUUAUGAUCACGACUCGCAGAAAAAGUUGGUUGAGGCAGAACUAAAAGCGAUUUACGAUGAAAAUAAAACGCGACAGACUUUCUCUUAUAGUAGCUGUUAAACAAAUGACUGCUAGUAAGAGUUUCUGUCAACUCCCUACGUAGUCGGUAGACUUCCGGCUUUCGAUAGAUCGUCCUUCAAAUUGCCGGUUGUUUGCCAACUCCCUAGGCAGUCUGUAGAAUGCUGGAUUCUACCAAUUCCAAUAAAGAAAGUGUACAGUUCUGGGAUGAGUGAUUACCAUGAUCAAAUGGUUACUUUUGAUUUAAAUUUUGUUUUAACUACUGAAUAUUGUUUUCGAAAAAAAUUUGUUUCACAAGGAAAUUGAUUAUUUUAAAUUGUUCAUUAUAGUUUACAAACUAUAGUAUGUAAGAAUGAAUUUUAUUGAUAACUAUAAAGAUAUUUUAUUGAAUGUAGAUAUCUAAUAUCCCAUAGCUAUUUAUUUUUGUAGUAUUUACUAAAUGUGAUAUAAACUAAUAAUAAACUAGUUUUAAUGGUAGCUGUAAGUUAAGGUUGUGUAUACAACAACAAAUAAUAUAUUUUAAGUGUUAAUCUUUUAACAUUUCAGUAUUAAUCUUGAUUUAUAACCAGUUUUACUUUUUUUAUAUCCAGUAAUUGAAUCUAUAUAAUUUGAAAAUAAACUGAACUAUUCGGCUAAAUAUCCUCUUUGAUAAAAUGCAUUUUAGUAACAGUACUGAAAUUUCAGGAAUAUUAUUUUUCUUUGUACAAAAAAAUUAAUUCACAAGUUUUUAUUUCUAAUGAAAAUUAUAAACUCCAACUUAAGCUUGGUUUAUGCAGCACUAAAUUAAAAUAACAUUAAGCUAAACUUUCUUGGUGGUAAUUUUUUGAUUUAUGUAAUUAAAGAUAAUUAUAAAUUAAUGGUAAACCAAUAGAAAUACCCUGUAUGGGUCCUUUUUGUCAUACAAAUGUGGAAAGCUUCCAACACUAUCUCUCAGUGUUCCAUCAUCUACAGGAUAUUGCUUUUUCCUAUUUUUUUAUAUCAGUUUUAAAAAUGAAACAAGGCGGAAAUCAAUGAAAUACGAAUAUUUUCACAACCAAAGAAUAAGGAUGUGUACAUAACCUCACAAAAUUAAGGAAUUAAACCAAGAA